AUGGACGACACCAGGCCCUAUAAAAUCUCUGUUCCCCAGGAAAGGAUUGACUUGAUUAAACAGAAACUUGACCUUGCUAAUUUUCCUGAUGAAUUGGAAAACUCAGACUGGGAUUUGGGGACCCCUCUCUCAGAGAUCAAACGUCUGACAAAAUACUGGAAGGAAGGAUUCAACUGGCGAGAAGUCGAGUCUCGUCUUAACGAAGUUCCUCAGUUUACCACACCGAUCGAAGUAGACGGAUUUGAACCGUUGGCGACGCAUUUUGUCCAUGUCAAGUGUGAUGUACCAGGGGUCAAGGCUAUACCGUUGCUCUUCAUCCACGGAUGGCCAGGAAGCUUUUUAGAGAGUUUAAAGCUGAUCCCGCUCCUUACAUCGGGCGCGGACGGUCCAUAUUUUGACGUUGUUGCGCCUUCUCUCGCUGAUUUCGGGUUCUCUGACGCCGUUAAGAGAAUUGGUUUCGAUCCAUCAAAGCAUGCAGACCUAUAUCAUAAGUUGAUGUUGAAGCUUGGGUAUAAUGAAUACGUCACUCAAGGUGGCGACUGGGGGGCCAUAAUCUCCAAAUUCAUAGCUGUCAAGUACGGACCGACUCACUGCAGGUCGAGCCACUUCAACUUCAUGUGGUGGGUCUCCGCUCCAAAGGUCACCAAAAACCCGUUCCUAUGGCUCCAAUACAAUCUUCAACCUCAUAGCGAGCUUGACAAGGAACGUUUAACACGCAGAAAGUGGUUCUACGAUGAAGGAUUUGGCUACAAUGACCUCCAACGCUCGAAGCCGCAAACCAUCGGCUAUGCACUUCAAGAUAGCCCCGUAGGACUGUUAGCUUGGAUCUAUGAAAAAAUGCAUGAUUGGAGUGACGGGUAUAAAUGGACGGAUGAUGAAAUUUUAACUUGGGUUUCAAUGUACGCCUACUCUAAUGCUGGUCCAGCUGCUUCUGGGCGUAUUUACUACAUGGAUCAGCACCAGCCUGCCGAUCAAAGGGCUAUCGUAUUUAGUCCGAUCGAUUCCGCUGUUCCAAUCGGGAUUAGUGUUUUCCCACUUGAUAUUGUCGUCUGGCCUCUUGCAUGGGGUAGGACGGCAGGAAGGGUUGUAUUCGAGAAGGUGCAUCCUAGUGGAGGACACUUUGCCGCCCACGAAAGACCGGAGUGGCUUGCAGAGGACUUGAAAACUAUGUUUGGGAAGAAGGGGAAUGCAUAUGGAGUGGUCACUGGGAGGAAUGGGUAUAUUGUCGGAGCAAAGUUGUGA